AUGAUGCAACAAAUCCCGGAGACGCCCGCUCAGAAGAAUUCUCUUUUUAACGCCAUGAAUCGCUUCCUCGGGGCGGUGAACAACAUGGACCAGACGGUCAUGGUGCCCAGCCUGCUGCGGGACGUGCCGCUGGGCGACGACGCCGAGAUGUGCGGUCACAAAUCGGACGUGGACGAGGGAGACGCGGAUAUGUACAGCUACUACCAGCUGCUCAAGUCCAUUCGGAGGGACAUCGAAUGGGGGCUGAGGGUCUCCCCCGUCGUCGAGGAGACGCCGCCCAGGCUCACUCGCAUCAACUCCAACGCCUCCUUCGCUUCAUCCGUGUCUUCAACUUCGUCAGACGAGGACUAUGAAGAAGACGAGGACCUGCAGAAGCAGUUCCAGUACCACCUCGCCGGUCUCCAAGGAGUUCUGAGCAAGCUCACCAUGCAGGCCAACUCCCUCACCAAGCGUUACAAUCAGUCCAUUGGACUCUAA